AUGGCCGAGGACAAGGUGAAGCUGAAGUCCUCCCAGGGCGAGAUCUUCGAGGUGGAGCCGGAGGUUGCUACCAUGUCCACCCUGAUCAAAAACAUGGUCGAGGACAGUGGCACAGAUGAGGAGAUCCCGCUGCCGAACGUGAAGACAGCCAUCCUCAGCAAGGUCAUCGACUACUGCAAGUACCACAAGGACAGCCCACCGGAGGAAAUUCAGAAGCCGCUGAAGAGCACGAACCUGGUCGAGUGCGGUGUCUCAGAGUGGGACAACGAGUACGUGAACAUUGAGCAGGAGGUGCUCUUUGAGCUGAUUUUGGCGGCCAACUACCUGGACAUCAAGAGCCUCCUGGAUCUGACCUGUGCCAAGGUGGCAUCCAUGAUCAAGGGCAAGAACACCGAGGAGAUCCGCAAGCAGUUCAACAUUGUCAAUGACUUCACUCCGGAAGAGGAAGCUCAGGUCCGGGAGGAGAAUCGCUGGUGCGAGGAUGCGUGA